UUAUCAUCUUCUUCCUCUUGAAGCUCUAGCAUUUCAGAAAACCCUAAAUUCUUACACUUGAAUAUCACAAAGGGAGGCACAAGAUUUCAACUUUACGAGUUCUCGAGAAAGGGGCGAAGUCAUGGCACUAGCUCGUAUUGGAUCGUUAAGAAGUGUCCUUAUUGCCAAGGAGGCAGUUCGUGUCGGUCAUCGAACAUUUGCUGCUGGGGCUGGGCAAGCAGGCAGUGGUGCACCGAACAAAGAUGUAGAGAGGAGGGCACUUAGACAAUUCGUUUUGGGUGCAGGGAAAUCUGCUGGUAGGAAUUCCUCGGGGCGUAUUACGGUUUUUCAUCGAGGGGGUGGAUCGAAGCGGUUGCAGCGAAGAAUUGAUCUGAAACGAAGCACUUCGUCUAUGGGCAUUGUGGAAAGGAUAGAAUAUGACCCUAAUCGUUCUUCUCGGAUCGCGCUAGUACGGUGGAUCGAGGGAGUUACGGUCUGCCAGAGGAAAUUGGAUACGGUAGCGGAGUUUGCUCCGCCACGCAAGAUCCUCGAACCUACCACGACCACCAUCCGUGGCCAAUUUCCUUUCUCUUCCCUGCCCGGGAUGGUGGAUCAAAUGAAGGUAGCUUCCUUCUCUCCAGGACCGACGACAUCUUCUCUAGUGGUUGGCCCUCCCACCAGAAUGUCCCCUUCGUCAAACAGCGCCUCCUAUAGUAAAGAUGCAGGAAGCAAAAAAACUUGUGCGAGGGACGUCUUCUUCUCCGCCCUCUCCUCUCCAAAUCCCAAUGGGGAGACCGCAUCCCUUUCCUUUGGUAACACUUUUGGUCUCCCGAGGGUGGCAGUAGCUGGGGCAAAGCCCGCUUUCUUCGCUUCGCGAACGAGAGAGGAACUCGGAGAAAAAAACACGUUCUCUCUUAGCGAUGUCCGAAAGUGGAGACCGAAUAGCGUUCUUUGGACACACAGGAUCAAACGCAAAGCAGCGCUUUCUUGGCAGAGCAUUAGCCAGCAAGAUACUCUAGGGCCUGUUGGAGCCACCGAGCAUAACGAAUCGAAGCCGAAGACGGAAGGUAAGCCGAUAGUCGAAGCCGAUCGUGCACCGGUCACUUACAUAAUAGCCAGUCAGCAAUUAGAACCAGGCAAAAUGGUGAUGAACUGCGACUGGUCCAGACCCUCAAAAGUCUUUGGCAAGCCCAAGGCAAUAGUCCGUUAACCGAGUCCGAAGGUCAUUCGAGUUAUUCGUUUUAAGUUCGAAGGUUA